AUGUUGGUUGUGGUUGUGGCAGUGGCAGUGGCGGUGGCGAUGGCAGAGGUGGGGACGGGGAUGGGGGUGGGGGUGGGGGUGAGGGUGGUGGGUGGUGAUGGUGGCAGUGGAAGUGGCUGUGGCAGUGGCUGUGACAGUGGCAGUGGCUGUGGCAGAUGUUGUGGUUGUGGCGGUGGCGGUGGCAGUGGCAAUAAUAGCAGUGGAGGCGGAGGUGGUGGCAAUGGCGGUGGCGGGGGGUUGGAGCCUUCCCCCUUCUUCACACUGACGAAAAUCAUAACUGCUGCUACUACAAUCAGUGCCAGACCGGCAAAGGUGUAUCUAGCAUAA